AUCAAAAACGAUAAGUCUAACACAGACAACUCUGUUGAUUGUGAUGACGUGUUAAUAUUAAGGACUCGACAGUUUUCUCAGCUAUGUAUGAUGAACAAGGUUUCUUUGAGCGAUACCGCAAGCAUCUAAGAGAGAAAUCUCGUGCUGAAAAUAAUGGAUGCGUCUUUUGGACAGGAGCCGUGCACAAGACUGGACGAUCGGGUUCCGUGUACGGGGCUAUUAGAGUGCAACUUCCAGGUACAUGUGCUAGGAGAACUAUUGGUGUUCAUAGACUGGCGUUUAUGAUAGACCGAGGACAAUGCUACAUUGCGCGUGGAUUGGAGGUGUCACAUCUGUGUCACCAGCAACUGUGUAUAGCGGGCAAGCACCUCAAUCUGGAGCCACCUAGCGUGAACAAGAACAGAAACAUCUGCAAACACAUUGGACGAUGCAAGGGUCAUGUCGGGUAUCCGAAAUGCGUAAUGUGAUAUUGGACCAGUCUGUAAUUCCACGCGGCAACCAGGGAAUGAAAAUGUUAUAUUGUACGUUGAAAUACUUGAAAUAAAUGUUUCAUUAAU